AUGAAGAAGGCCGGAGCGUUCGUGGCCUCCAUCGCGGCGGCGUCCUCCAUGGCUCUCCACCCUGGCUCUGCCUCUUCUUCCAACUCCUCCGACGGCGCUGGCAGGGUUCUCCACCAUUCAAGCUUCGGCUAUGAGGUAUCGCUUCAGUCCCUCACCCUGUGGCUUAUGAUCUCCCGACUGAUGUUCGCUUUCCGCUGAAAUUGCUGCUGUUGAUCCUGUCCUUGUAGGUUCCGUCGUCGUCGUCGUCCUCUGGGAAGCAACUGGCCAAACCAGCGAACGGAGGGGCGGGGCCGGAGGACAAGUUCGCGCCUCGGUUUGACGGUUUGAGAUUCAUAGAGACUCUGAUCACGGCACACAGGUGA